UUUAGCUAAGAUGACACUGAACAAGCCUAUUGUGCUCUUAUUACUGAUGAUCACAGUCUUAUGUAUGGCCAAGAACAAGAAUUGUUACCUUACGACAAGAAAUGAGACACUAAACUUGCAAGAGAGGCCAAUUGCCAAUCUCUUACUUAGUGAGCUAGAACUCACUCGUGAGAGUGAUAACACCAUGGGAAAAAGAGACAACCAAGAACCUAUCGAUAGAUCUCAAGAUGCAUCAAGCAUGACAACUAUUAAUAUUUUAGAUGAAACUUGCAUUGUCUGAGAAACGCCAAAUCAGAACUCAAAAUCCUCCUUAGUAAAGUGUGGGAUAACUCAGAAACAACUGAGUGAGUUUUUGCUUGCCAAAAACCCAAAAGACCAAUUGACUGAGGGCUCCUCAAGAAUGACAGAUGGGAGUAUUAUUGCAAUAGUGCUGGGCUCUACCUUCUUUGCAAGUCUAAUGGUUCUCUUUGUCUGCUACUUUAUCUACUAUUUCAAAAAGGUUGAAACAGAAAGAGCGAAUGGAGAGAGUGACAUUGAAAGGCAAUAUGAUUCUCGCCAUGAGAAGUUAAAUACUUCUUAAAGAUAUAUCCCAACAUAUUCUUUUCCAAGUGCUCUCUCAAUGACUGAGGAUGGCUACUUUCUGUGUUCGCCAGGUCUAAAAGUGAACUU